AUGGGGGGUGUUGCAUGGACAGAAGAAGAAGAUCAUUUGCUUAAGAAAUGUAUACAACAAUAUGGUGAAGGAAAGUGGCAUAGGGUUCCUCUAUUGGCUGGUCUAAACAGAUGCAGAAAGAGUUGUAGGCUAAGAUGGUUAAACUAUCUUCGUCCUAAUAUCAAACGAGGAAACUUUGCUGAUGAGGAAGUGGAAAUGAUUGUCAAACUCCACAAAUUAUUAGGCAACAGGUGGUCCUUAAUUGCGGGAAGGUUACCGGGAAGAACAGCGAAUGAUGUGAAAAACUAUUGGAACUGUCAUCUAAGCAAAAAACUAAAUGCUCUAGAAGCUGAUCAAGAAGGACCACAAUUAUCUAAAAAUGUUGAAAUCAUUAGGCCGCAACCAAGAAACAUCGCUUCUAGCUCAUCGAAAAAAAGGGGCCAAGAAGCGUCACAAAUCGACCAAGCUCUAGUUCAACAAGAGAAUGACACAACAACAUUGGAUGCUGAUGGAAAGAAUCAUAUGCUUGAAACACAACAAGACAUGAUGAUGUAUUCAUGCUUGGACCAACAAGGUAUGGUUGGUGGUGGUGAGUUUCCAAUGGAUUUUCAAUUAGAAGGAUUUGAAGCUAUGGUAAGUGGAGGAGAAGGUUGUAGUAGUAGUCAAUGGAAUUGGGAUGAUUUUCUCUUAGAUAUGGAUCUGUAUAAUGAUUUUUCUUAG